AACUUAGAGGGAGCACAUCCACCUGAAGUGUGGUUCCGAGCAAAAGAAAAGUGAUAACUCUUUCUCUGUUCCGGGCCAGUGUGGGGGGCAUAUCAAACACUCAAAUGAAGAAUGAGCGCAGUCUCCAGUCCCAGUCCUGUUGACCAGUCUGUCGACGACGACACUGCCGAUCUGUCACACCAUUCGGGCACCUUGAAGGGAUUGACCAAUGCCCCUGUUUCGCCAAGCGAGACACCUGAUACAUCAUCGGAGGAAGAUGUCAAGAUCAACGCUGUUAAUAAAGAAAGGGGGGAGGCGUCUUCAGACAAAUCGGCAGCGCACACCAGUGCAUUAGCCACGGCGGCGACUAGCUCGCAAACCCAGCAGCAGCAGCAGCAGCAGCAGGAUGAGCUUGACGAUUUUGGAUUACCGAUCCGGGUGCGGCCGAGGAGGGUGUCUUCUGAGAGUGAGGAGACCUGUCAUGAUGUUCCGCAGAGCCAGGGGAGCGAGAGCGACGGUGAAGAUGGACACCUGAGCACAGACGAUAUCGCGGCCAAGCAGUCAACGCCUAGUGAACAGACACCGGCAGAGCCACUGGUCGUUGGGAAAGAUGACAGGGAAGGAACAGCUCCAUCUCUGACGCCUGCCGUACAAGAGAAGGAAGUCUUACCUCAAGUUUCAACAAAUCUUCCUGCGGCCCGCGAGACGUGCGAAUACCCUAGGGACCAGGAGCCUCCACCGCCGUAUACGAAGACUCCAUCGCAAGAUGAUGCAAUGCAUUCGAUCGAGCCUCACAAGACCAAGCGGAAGUCCCUGGAGCCUUCCGAAUGGUCGCAUCAGCGCCUGAACACAGCGGCAGAUCAUGAGGAGGAGAGUGAUGAGGAGGAUGACGAUGGAGGCUGGAAGGAGAUGCCUGCUCUGGGCGACAUGGAUGUUUAUGACGACUAUGGCCGACUUGUGGCAAAGGGCUCAAGGGACAUAGAAGGCGAUGAAGCUGUUUACAGUGGCCUGGGUGGGGCCGGCAAAGGAUACACUCGGGUGCAGCUUGAUGACGAUGCCCAGUCUGCGACCAGUAUGGACGAAGACACAAGUUAUCUCUUCAAGGACAGCCACGCGACCUCCACCGGGGUAGACGAGGAGUUGCGUGACCCCACAAGCCAGAUGCAGGCUACAAAAGACCUUUUGACCGAGAGCCAGAGGAUCGCAUACGUUGGGGUCACCCGGCUUACAUUGUGGCAAAUGGCCCUGGACAUGAACAGAAUACCCUCCAUCAAAGGGUGCCGUAAGGCGAGACAAGGUGGUAUCGACUCUAUGCGCAAGUGGAGUCAAACGAUGAUGGCCAGGCUCUAUUCUCAUAUGGAGAUUGAUGCAGCGGAGCAGGUCAUGAUUGAGCAGUUGGCGGAACACGGCGUGCAGCCCGCAGAUCUCGUUCGACCGCUCAUGAGCAAUGCCCGCGUUAAGAAUCCUCUAGCUGAUGAGACUGAUACACCCAAGAGAUCUAUGUCUUCGCCUACGUCUCCUCGCCUCAGGGAAGAGUACCGGAGUAGUAUCUCAACAGAACUGGACCAGUCAUCCAGGUCAACAUCUCCGCCACCUUACGAGACACAUGAGGGGGAAGAUCUUCCGGAGGUUCGGACCCCAUCCCAGUUGCCUACCUCGGCCAAGAUCGAUAUUGAUCUGCGAUGGACCGUGCUCUGCGAUUUGUUUCUCGUCCUUAUCGCCGAUUCUGCCUAUGAUGCCCGUUCACGGACCCUACUCGAAAGAGUAGGUGAAUCAAUGGAAGUACCGUGGCUGCAGAUUGCCCGAUUUGAAAAACGUGUGAUCGAUGCUCUUGAGAUGCAAGAGGCUGCAGAUAAGGAGAAUUGGGACGAGACUGAACAUAUGGAGAAGAGACGCAAGAUGGCGCUGAAACAUAAAUAUAUGAUUAUGGGCUUGGCCACAGUGGGUGGUGGCCUGGUAAUCGGCCUCUCCGCCGGAUUGCUGGCUCCAGUCAUCGGUGCUGGCUUAGCAGCCGGGUUUACCACCGUUGGUAUUACAGGAACAAGUGCGUUCCUCGGCGGUGUUGGAGGCACAGCGCUGAUAGCUUCUGGUGCUACACUUACUGGGAGUACGAUUGGCUUGAGAGCUUCACAGAGAAGAAUGGGAGCAGUGCAGACCUUUGAGUACCGCCCUCUGCACAACAACAAGAGGGUAAAUCUGAUUAUCACUGUCUCUGGCUGGAUGACCGGCAAAGUAGAUGAUGUACGGCUGCCCUUCAGCACCGUUGACCCCAUCAUGGGUGAUCUGUACUCAGUCUUAUGGGAGCCUGAAAUGCUGCGGAGUAUGGGAGAUACUAUAAACAUUCUAGCCACGGAGGCUUUAACGCAAGGUCUUCAGCAAGUCCUAGGACAGACUGUCCUGGUAGCUUUGAUGGCGUCUCUGCAGCUGCCUCUUGUACUUACCAAGCUGUCAUACCUCAUUGACAAUCCUUGGAAUGUCUCGCUCACUCGCGCAAAUGCGGCCGGUCUGAUUCUUGCAGACUCCCUCAUGGUGCAUAAUCUAGGGAAAAGACCUGUCACGCUUGUGGGGUACUCUCUUGGUGCUAGGGUUAUCUUCUCUUGCCUGAAGGAACUUGCAGACAAGGGCGCAUACGGAUUGGUGCAGAAUGUUUACCUCUUCGGGUCGCCCAUGGUGGCCAAUAGGGACGAAUAUCUCAAGGCGCGCAGUGUCAUCUCUGGUCGGUUCGUCAAUGGUUACGCUUCGAAUGAUUGGAUUCUGGGAUAUCUAUUCCGAGCCACAAGUGGCGGUAUCAUGAAGGUAGCAGGCCUCGCUCCCAUAGAAGGCAUUCCAGGACUGGAGAACUUUGAUCUCACGAAACUGGUCAAUGGCCACAUGGACUACCGUACCGCAAUUCCCCGGCUGCUCAAGGAGGUCGGGUGGGAGGUUGUGAGCGAGGAAUUCGCAGAGAUCGAGGACCCUGACCCGGAAAAUCAUGCCGAACGGCAAAGGGAGCUCAUUCGUGAGAUUGACGAGGCACGACGUGACGCCGAGCAAAAGCCGGAGAAGAAGCGCUUCGGAUUGUUUAAGCGUGGCAAACUUGCACAGAAGAAGAAAUGGGAGACAUAUGAUGUGGAUCGCAAUGAUGCCACAGCACGGAGCUCUACCGAUACCAAUAACGGAACUGGGUCAGUAUUGUUUGAUAUUGAUGCCAUCCGGGCUGAGCUCGCUUCAGAGAAUCUCGAAGUUAGACAGCUUGAAUCUACCCUUCCACCCAUGAAAUUGGACUUGAGCACCCCCGCGAGUCCAUCGCCUGCCCUGACACCAUCGAAAUCUCAAGCGACAAGGUCUUACGAGCCCAGCCCGCCUCCACCGGAGACGAUUCCGGAGAAGCAAGAAAGCCAUAGUCCUUCUCGCCAGGCUCCACCGUACUCUCAGCAUCACGAAGAGGAAUUUGAGAUGACCUUUGAUACUUCCUUUCACGAGCCACCGACGCGGACUCAUUCCUCGUUCGGGGCUUCCAACUCAUAUGAUGCCCACCCUGCCAGGCCCGAGCUUCGGUCCGCAGUCACGAUGCCUGCUCUGGGUGCUAGUACCAUGGGUGCUAUGGCUUUGGAGCCCAACGCCUGGGCCGAACACGACAUUGGAGAUGGCGAUGAAAGUGAAAUUCAGAUGACUUUCGAGUAAUGACGAGGCAUGAGAAUAUGCUACUAUGACGUGAACGAGACUUCCAUUCUUGUACAUGCUGACGUUGCUCAAGCGCUGAGUCAGUGUCUUGGUUGACGGCCUCUUCUACCAGAUUACCCUGGGUUUCCGAUUCGUUUCGAUUCUUCUUUGUGUCUUACAUGCCACGUCUACAGCUGAUAUGGCCAACCGGAAAGUUUAGGCAUGA